UAGUUAGAAUAUUGGAUAGGACAUUUCGUCUUGUAAAAAGCGAAUUUCGUCAUGAUUGCCGCAGCCGUGAGAUCUAAUGCAUUUGUUCCCGGUGCAUUUGCGGCUGUUCCUCUCAUAAAAAACUUCAAUUCUGAAUGCGUUCAUGAAAGAACUAAAAGCGGGAAAACUGCUGAAUCCAAGAUCGAUGAAGAUAUAAAGGAACUUGUUGGGACCUACAACGAAGAUCGUAAUUGGAAGGGAAUCGCCAUCUCUUUGCUUGUGAUCCUCGCUGUCUGUGGUAUUGUCGUUAUAUCUGUGAUACUGCUGACUCCAGAAUACAGCUACCCAGUGGUCCCACAAGUGUCUUUGAAGGACAUUGCUGAGCAGAGAUGGAAAGUCAGUGAAACUACUUGGCAGGGUUCGAAGCUGGUGUUCACGGACUUCGAUGGGAAUGUCGUAAGAAAAUCACAAGAUCAAAAACGGGAAAUAGUAUUUACUAGUGAAUUCAUAACAAGAAGCGCUAUAGAUGACUACAAGAUCGCAAACAACGGCAGAUAUGCCUUGCUGAUCUACAACAAAGUCCCGAUCUAUACCUACUCUUGCAACGCAUCUUACUAUAUCUAUGACAUUGAAAACGGAAACAGAAAUCGGAUCAUUCAUGACAAGACUGAGACAAUAUUCCAAUCCAUGGAUUUCUCUCCCGAUGGGAAUACAAUCAUUUACUCACUAAAUGGGGAUUUAUACACAAGGCCGUGUGAAGGAGGAUCGAGUAAGAAAAUUACGAAUGGCGGAAUGCUUGGAAUUUACCAAAAUGGAAUGGCUGACUAUAUUUAUGAAGAAGAAAUACUGAAAUCGUCAACAGCCUACUGGUUCUCCCCGAGUGGAAAGUUCCUCGCAUAUGCAUCGUUUGACGACAGAAAAGUGGAUGAUAGUUACGUCACAAUGUAUACUGAUGAUAGUGUUAAUGACAUCAUAACCUAUAAAAAGCUGGUGAAAUACAAAUAUCCAAAGGCUGGACGUCCCAACCCGAUUGUGAACGUACACGUCAUUGACCUGACGACGAUGAACGAAAUAACAUUUGAGAAGCCGACACUGCACAACCAAAGAUUAAACACUUUUCAUUCGCUAACCUGGUUGAGCGAUGACGAACUUUUAAUCACAUGGUCAAAUAGAACAAUGACUGCUAGUGUGACGCAACAAUGUUUUUCUACAAAAUUGACGACAUGUACAAUGAUUCUUCAGCAAACGACCCCAGGUGGAAAUAGACCGAAUACGAAAUCAGGAUGGCUGACCAAUUUGAAUCAUCCAGUCCUUCCAUCCAACGACCCCGCAGUAUUCUUCUCCAUUUUACCGAGUGAACACGGAGGUAUGGGAGAGUUCAAUCAUCUUGCUAUAAUCAAUAAAACAAAGAAACCGUUUGUGACGAAAUUCUUGACAGACGGGAAUUGGGAAGUAACGAAAUUACUACAUUAUGACGCAAAUGAAGAGUUUGUUUAUUACAUCAGCAACGAACAACAAUCCGGAUCUCGUCACGUUUAUUACGUAACAAUAACUGGAAUAAGAAAAUGUUUGUCAUGCUCAAAAAAUAUCAGUUCGUUCGGAUCUGCUAUUUUUGAUGACCCUUUACGUCGACGUGGCGGGAAUUUGACUUGUGGCGCGAAAGUGAAUUGUCGUUAUUAUGACGCAACAAUCGCGCCUCAAUCUGAUUGGAUGAUACUAAAAUGCUUAGGUCCUUGCCUACCAUACAGUGUGACGCUGCGCCUUGAAGCGCGAACGCGUAAUAAUAUUGGGGCUCCUUUAUCAGCAAAGAACAACAAGCUACAGAUCCUACAAAGGCCGGAAUCUUCUCUUUUUAACAUGUUGCUUCCCGUUGCAAGAUACGAAACAAUAUGGAGAGACUCUUCGCCGGUAAGAUUCAAGCUUUUGCUUCCAUCAAGCAUACAUGUCGGGAAGAGGCCAGUUGUAUUUUUUAAGAGCGACGUAGGAUCACAGACAGUCAACUUCAAGUUUGAUGUCGGACUGGCCGAGUAUAUUGUAACAAAUAUCGGGGCUGUUGGUGUAUUUGUUGAUGGACACGGUUCAGGGGGAAGUGGAAAUCAAAUCUUACAAUCUAUAUCCGGGAGACCAGGCGUUCUAGAGAUCAAAGAUAUGAAAGCUGUGCUGGAAUACCUCGCCGGAAGAGACGAUGUUAAUGUCCACAAUGCAAGUGUGGUCGGAGAUACUGGAUACGGAGGCUUCCUUGCGACUCUUGCUCUCACAUAUCCGGAGUUUAGAUGUGCAGUUGCCAGAGAUCCUGUGACUGAUUGGAAGUUGUACAAUUCGUUCGGUUCUGAGCGCUUACUUGGUACUCCAGGAGAAAAUCCUUUGCUUUAUCAGAAAAAUAACAUGAUUCAUCAAAUUGAAGGGAUUGCUGACUCACGAUUAAGGAUUUAUCAAGGAUUGCAAGACAAAAAAGUGAACAUGCAACACUCCAUACUUCUUGAGCAAGCAGCCAUGUUGAGUGAUCUACCACUAGAGGCGGUAAAAGUACAAUAUUACUCCUCCCCUUCUGGUAAAAACUCAAAAGAAUCGAUGAAAAUUGAAUCAAACAUUCACAAAUCAAUCAGUUUAUUUUUGAAGAAUUGCCUGUUUCGAAAUUCCGAAGAAGGGAAACGAAAACUUGAUUUGUUGAAAAGUAAUUAUGGAAUACCUACUUGAAUGACGUCACUUUGAAUGACGUAACCGGAUGAUAUCACUGUUGGUAUGACAACAUCAACUUCAGCAAAUACUUUCAAUUUAAUGCGUCACUCUGAGUGACAUCACUGUUGUUAUGACAACAUUAAACUCAGUAAAUAAAAAUGUUGAAAUACUGACAAUUUAUUUCGUCACUCUGAGUGACAUCAUCGGAUGACAUCAUUGUUCGUACAAAAUCACCAGCCAAACAUCAAAAUCAUGUUCGCUUCAAGCUUGUUUUCUGAAACUAAGAAAGAGGAUUUGCUUUCCUUCGUUUAUUUAGGUUUUUGAAAUAAAUACCUUUUUGCUUUAUGCAAUAUAAAAGUAAUUUUAAAAACACAUAUUAAUAUGUUUAUAUUCCUUCAGAAUAUAAACAUUAUACUAUACAGCAGUGGCUGACGGCUUCCUCCACCACCAAGUCCAUGCUUCCGAAAACAAACAAUACAGUAAAUCUAAUCCCAUACCCGACUUGGAAUGGUAACCGGACGAGAGGCCGUGGUUCGCCAUAUGGAUAAGCCGUCCUAUCGGCUUUCCUCUCCCCCGGGAUAAAUAUGUAAAUCCUAUCCUAUCCUAUCCAGUGGUUCCCAACUGUGAUCCCCUUCUGGAGAUUUUUAGCAAUAUUUGCCGCCCUGUGUAUCAUCCCAGUGGUAUUUAUAGUGUUAUUUUAAUUUCCAAGUACUAUCUAAUUCUAUCAUGUAAAACUGUUAUUAGUAUGCUCUUCUGGUCAUUUUACCAGCAUUCUAAGAUGAGAUUAUUUAAUAUAAUGUUCUGAUCCAAAG